CGCCACCCACCGGCUUAGAUGAAUAUACCGUCGCCCUUGAGCAAACGCUAUGCCGUGUGCGGUACGACGAAUGUCCUGAAGAAUGACAACAACUCUCCCGAGAAGCCACAGAACGUUUCGUGGGCUCCUGCCUAUCCUUUUCCCGGCGGUGGCUCCGUAGGCCUCACCGCACGGAGGCCGCCAUGUUGUACGGAACGAGGGCGCUGCCGCGCCGCCUAUCCGAAACCGCCAUUUAGGCCUUGAAGCGAGGUUGGCGGUUGGAGGCGCAUGCGCGCAAUCUGGCGGUUAUUUUGAAUCCCGCGGAGCCUAGUCGGGCGCUGUGCCUUCAGUCGCGGCGAGGCCUCAGAGGAGACGGGUGUGCGGCUGGAGACCGCACCCGGGAAGGAAACCAGUCUUCCAAAAUGGACAAGAUUUAUUCCGAAAUGAGUGAUGAAAAUGACUUCACAGAGGGCAGAAAGAAAAGAAGGAUUUCCUCAAUUUUAAAAGCUCCCCAGACCCCUCUCCGUGACUUAGGGAGUGGAAAUGAAUUAACUCAGGACUGCAAUGUUGAAAAACGUCAGAGAAACUCCAGGCGUGUCAGUUUUGCAGCUACUAUCAGCAUCUUCCCAUCAGAUCCUCCAGCCACUGAGGUAUCAGACCAUACCGGAACAGCAACAGCGAAGAACCAAGACACAUUUAAUCAGAAUGCAGAACUGGAGGCCGACCUGUGUAAUAUCACUGGGAUGAACACCUUACUUCAUGCUCCCAUCAGGACACCUUUGCAACAAUUGGAGGAUAACGUAAACAACAAGCAAGAAUGGAGCAAAAUGGAUAGGACGCUUCUCUUCUCAGAUGAAAAUGAAAUGGAUAUGACGUCUGGUCACACUAUAAUAAUUAAGCAUGCCACUGAAUUGAAACAAGAAGUUAUACAAAUGAAUGAUCUCAGUUUUAAUAGCUGCGCUACAAAGGAGAAUGAGUCCUGUUUGUCUCAACAGAAGACAAACACUGAAAACACAAACAAAAUAAAUUUUGAUGACUUCUUGAAAAGCUUGAAGUCCACUAAACUAUUUCCUUCACCCAUUGCUUCAGAGGCUUCAGAAAGAAAUGUGUGUCCUUCAAAGGAGAAUGUAUAUACCUACUUAGAAGGCGGAAAUAGCAAGAACACAGAUUUUGGAAGACCCGCUAACAGGCAAAACUAUGCAAACGUUAAUGAAGGAGGUGUUCGCAUAAAAAAUGCUAGCAGUGAUGCCUCAGUGUCUUGUUAUCAGGGAACUAUUCCAUUUUCUAUGCCCUUCGGAUCUGUUACUUCUAUGCCUGUUCUACAUGGUAACACUAAUAGAAAAAGUGGGGUUUUAAACAAUGCAGCAUCCUUAAAUUCUGCAGAUAAAACUUCUAUAUUUGGAUUUGGUGAGGACAUGGAAAUAACUAAACCCACAUACUUAAUAGAUAAUCCUAUAAAUGCUGCUGGAUUCCAAGAUAUGCCAUCUCAAGAAAUGGGAAUUGGUAAGAAAGGUAUAACUCUAUUAGAUAAGACAGUUUUAUUUUCCCUGAGUGACAAUGAAAUGGAGUUUACCAAGAGCUGUACAGUAGCUGCGCAGUAUGAUAUACAACAGUGUGAAAGAACAUCUCAAGUGCCCUCCUUACAACCUUUGGAUAAAACUGUUUAUCAUAACAACAUGGACGAGACUAAAGCCAUAACAACCAUAAUAGAUCAACCUGUAAAAGCUGCUGGUGCCCAAGCUAUGCAAAAACAAAGUAAGUUGGGAUCAACUAAUGUAACCGGACCAGCUUGUGACAAAACUCUUGUAUUUCCCCAGAGUGAAGACAAUGAAAUGGAGUUUACCAAGAGCUUUACAAUGGCAGUAGAGGAAGCUCCUCUAGCACAAUCAUGGAUACCUGCAGGGAGUACCAACAUGUCUGUAUUUAGCAGUAACAUGGCAAUAAGCAAGUCCACAGCUUUUUCAGAAGGUAAAACGAUUAUGUAUAUGCACAAUAACGGCAUGGAAGUAACUAAGCCUAUAAGUCACAUAAUCAAUACAUCUCGAGAAGAUACUGCUUUCAAGCCUUUGCAGCUGAAGAAAAAAGAGAUGGACAAGGUGAUUCGAUCAAGUUCAGCCAAGGAAGAGACCAUGUGUUGCUUGGAUAAAGACAAUGAGAUGACGUUUAUGAGGAGCCAUACAGUGUCAGUAAACAGUGAUAUUAUUAUCCCAUGGGCCAAGGUAGCUACUCAAGUACUGUCCUCCGCUCCGGUAGAUAAAAACAGUAUGUCCACACACAGCAGUGAUGCAGCAAUAAUGAAAUCCACUACUUUUGUUCCUGCAAAUAAAACGAUAAUGUGUAAUAACUCAAUGGAAAUAACAAAACCCAUAUCGAGUGCAUUUUUAAACAGAUGUUUCAAGUCUUUGCCGCAGCAAGAGAUGAGCAAUACCACAAUACCAGGCUCAGUUACAGAUAAAACUGUUCUUGCCCUACAUGAUAAUGAAAUGGAGAUGACAAAGUGCCAUACAAUAACUGUAAAUGUUGAUAACAUCUCCCAGUCAGAAAACUCUCCCCAUAUACAGUUUCAUCAGGAUGAUAUGAACAUUGCAGGACCUUAUGCCAUUACUAAAAACCCUAAGGGAAAUUUGCCUUGGAAUGUGAUGAAGCUGGAAAUGGAUGCUGGAUGGGAACCCUCGUCAGAUCAAAUUGCAACAUUAGCUAUGGCUGGCACAGAAAUGGUUAAAAGGCAGACAGUGCCAUUUGACAGCAGAACAUCCCUGUGUUGCCAGCCAGCUAGCCAAGCUAAGCUCUUAGGCCACCCCAAUAAGACUGAUGCAUUUGCAUUUUAUCAGGAUGGCACAGAAGUCACAAUCCUGCCACCUAGUGCUGCUGUUAAUGGGAACCUGGAGGCACCUGAGAAACAAGAAAUGGUAACUAAAAACUUAAGACAGAAUUUAGGUAAUGUACCUUUCCCUACAUGUAGGGGGACAUUGCAAGGUAUAGAAGCUGCUAGAAAUCAAGCAGUUAACACUUACGACCCUAACUAUCCAUGUGAUGCUGAGAAGCAAAGACCAAAGUCCUCCACAAGGUCAGAAGAAAAGGCUUUUGGAUUUUUAGGCAGUGAGAACAUGGAGGUGAAUGGUGUUAAAAAUCAAUGUUUUCAUUCUCGGACAAAAUCAAGCUCUGAAUUUCCCCAUUUCAGUUAUGGGGGGAAACACGAUGCCCAAAUUGACAAUGAUAUCUCUCAAAAAUGCAAUUCACCUGCCAGCGUGACGCUACCUAUAGCUCUGGAAAUUGUCCCAGAACAACAGAACUUUUUGAAAAUCCAAGAGAAACAGCUGGAAUCCUGCACAUUUAAAGCUAAUUUUGCAAAAGAAUCUACCUUGAAUGAUGUAUAUUGUGAAAAAAAUGAUUUUACAUUUCCAGUUAAAAUGUCUGCGUCAUAUACAAAGUUACAUGAGGAAACUGCUGUUGAAUCAAACACAGAGAGAAUGUGCAUAUCAACUGCUGAAUUCAAAAGCCUGAAAGAUGAUCCAAGAAAGUUAUCUCAGUCAAGACAGGUUGGUAGGUUUGCUGGAGAAACAGAGGCUUUUCCAGUUGAUAAAAUAACUAAAAAAUGUGGUACUGUGUUGUGUGACUGGAGUAGCACUGCAAAAGAUAAUAACAUGGACCCUCCUCCCAUCAAUAACGUUACUUCAGAGGAGGAACCAAUCCUUUUGUCUAAGCUAUCUGAUGUUGUCAGUGAUUGUUCAAAGUUUAAUGAUAAUGGGAAGAAGUCUGAACUUUACCUACCCUCUCAAGACAUUGGGAAAGAAUUGCCCCAAAUGGCAUUAAAGCCAGCUGAUCAUUUGGAGUUGAGAGAAGAUGUAAAAAAAGUAUCUAAUAUUCCUGCUGCUUCUAAUGAGUGGACAAACAAUGAUUUUACAGAUGUUGCUCCUCUCUCUGUGCCCUUAAAUGCCAUGUGGAAUGAUAGCUGUAAGAUGAAAAAAUCAGCCCUGGGUAUCUUCCCACCUAAACUGCCAAAUAAAAGGAAGCCUACUGUUUCUAAUGUAGAAUAUAUUGGUGCCAGAUCAGAAGAGAAGGUAGAAACUCAAGGUUCAAAAAUCACUCAGUUUCUCAGGAGAUCCCUGGACAAAGUUACCCCCAACUUGAGUCCAUCUCAUUAUAUAGAUGAAGAACUGCUUCCUGCAUGUGUAGGUGAAGUGGAUUUUGAUGAGUCUUUAGGUUGUGAAGUGCCAGAAAAGCUGAUGAAUGAAAAGGAGCUUGCUGAUACGGAAGGCUGUCUGCUUGGCGUGUUUGAAACAAGUAACAGGAAGAAAAGGUCUUGGAAUCAAGAUGAUGAGAAACUUCAGCAGGAAAAGAAGCUCAAGACAGACGAGGGCUGGAAUGAUGCAGUAGAGUUAAAGCAGCCACUCUCCAGCACAAUGUUAGCUCAUGAAACACAGGAAGGUGAAAAUGUUACCGACCUAUUAGCUACAAAUAUGGAAAAGAAGCAAAGCAGCAACAGCAGCUCUUUGGAUUCGGUUAAGGCUGAUACAGACGUCUCUAUUCAGCAAAAUAGUGAAAUGGAGAUUCCGCUUCUCACGAACAUUAUUUGUGACCAAAAUUUGAAGGAGAAACUGCAGGAUGGUACUAUCACAGUCGGUGAAUUUUUCACACUCCUCCAAGUUGAUGUGAUACACUCUCCUCACCAGAGUUUGGUCUCACCCAAACAUGCAGUUAACACAGCUCUUACCCCGGAAGAUGAGUUUUUGAACGAGUACGUUUACUGUCCCAAGUUCGAAAUUUACAAAGAAGAUUGCCAAGCUCUCUACAAGAUAAUAGAAGAAUUAAAAUUGUAUGCAGAAUACCAGCAUAAACUUCUGGUGAAUGUGAACAAAAGUCUAUGGGGAGUAAUGAGAACCUGUUCGGAUGAGGAGCUGAAACGCUUUGGAGAAGGGCUACGCGAAAUGAAAUCCAGUUUCCUCAAGAAGAGUAAAGUUCUUGCUCACAAAGGAAAAGCAACAUUAUAUAGAAAACUGGUGCAAAAUGGACAGCUUCAGUGGGAAAAACUACAGUCAAGACUGGCUAAAGUAGAAGAACUUAUAAGGGAAAUGGACAGCUGUCUUCUUGCUCUGGAAACAGAAACUUCUGCAUUGGAAGAGUCUGAGCCAGAUGUCAAUGAUGCCAUGGCAGAAUACAAGUCUAAGAUGAGAGACACUGAGAGAGAGCUGGAAAACUACAGAGCCAAAGAGGAGGCACUUCAAAGAGAGCAAUCGAAUAUCAGAGAUAAAAAGAAACAGAGAGCUUCUGAAAUAAGCCAUCUCAAGGAGUAUGCAAACAGAUGUCAGGAACUUAUGAAGAAAUACAACUUCUCUGAGUGGGCAAUAAAAGAGUGGAAUGAUCACCAGGCUGUUUUCACCUUCCUUUAUGAUUCUGUUGAGCUCACUCUCAGCCUUGGGCGCCCUGUAGAUGGUGCUGUUUUCAGCAACAGGUUCUGCGUGAAUAUUGUUGGUGUGAACCUCGAAUCACUGUUGGAUGAAGCAAAGGCUUUGCCAUCUUCAAAACUAGUGCAUAGACUCAUCUUCCAGUUUAUAAACAGUCAGAGUUCAUUGAAGGAAAAAUGCUCAACAGUGCAUCAUCUUUAUCAGGUGCUGCGUGACAUUUCCCUUGUGGUGAGUCGUUGUGAACUUCUGGGAGAAGAGAUCGAGUAUCUAAACAGAUGGGGUGGAAAAUUCAAUCUGCUGAAGACAGAUGUGAACGAUACAAAAGUGAAGCUCUUAUUCUCCAGUUCUGUAUCAUUUGCAAAGUUUGAAGUUGAACUGUCUUUAUCUGCCAGCUAUCCUGCGUCCCCAAUAGCUUUCACCAUUCCAAAAUGCACCGGCAAACUUAACCAAGAGGAAAUUUCUGUUGUUUUAUCCAGUGUUCCAGUGGGAGCCAACUACUUGAAGAGAAUGGUCAAUCAGAUUCAUCGUAAUCUGCUCCAGGGUCCUUCCAUCCAAAGAUAGCAGAGCAGCGGGGCGGGGGUGGGGGUGGAAUGAGCAAUCAUUCAGUAGUCAAAUCUUUGCUUAUUUUCUUAGUAAGGAUCACCACUUAGUCCUUUUUGCCUACUGAAAAGUGUAUAGCUAAGGGAUAUUGCAUAGUUCUGUUGUUGUUUUCUAGCACUUUUUAAGGCUACUCUUAAUUUCUGAUAAAUUAAUUUUACUGCAAAACUGAUGUUGCAGUUCUUCUGCAGUAGUUAGUGCAAUUUCAUAGGUCAAGUACUGCAGUGAUGUGUAUCUUCCAAGGCCUACAUGUGUAUUAAUGGCUAGCAGUAGCUUUUGACCCCUACAAAAAUAAAGAAGUUCUAUUUUUAGAAAGUUGCCCCAAGAUUGAUUAAUUACAACUACAAAAAUUAUAACAUUGCACAUAGAAAAGUAGGUGUGCCAUCCAAUGUUUCGGACUUGUAAUGAAGUGAGUAUUGGUGCAUCCAUGCUUCUGUUGACUGAAUUAUUUGGCUGCCAUCGUCACUACUCCAGUCUGACUGUUAAGAUUUUUAAAUUAUUCAGAUUGAUGUGGUUGCAUCUCAUAUCUACAAAGCUUAUAUUAUUAUAAUAAGGCAUCCAUAUUUUCUCCACUGUGGUCUCUAGUUGCUGGACGAUGUAUGUAUAUGUGUAAAGUAUAGCAUUUUUAAUGCUUUUUGAAUUGUUUAGGUUUUUUAAUUUUGUUACUUUUUGUUAAUGGGGGAAGUAUAAUAAACCCACCUACACUAAAAAAAGUUGUCUUAGUGGUGACUUGUAAGUUAAAGUAAUGCUGCCAACACUUCCUCUAAAUCCACUAUUUACUUUG